AGAAGCUGGAAGCACGCAGCCCCUCUCUCUGGACAGCGUCCUGGGGGCAGAGAGGCAGCUGGAAGUUUCUCGUCACGAUCGCUGCUUUGUUUUCGUGGCGCAAAAUAACCUCCAGAUAUCCAACUUCACGCGCGUGGAAUCAGACGUGGUCGGAAUGUUUGUACUCUAGCAUCCUGCAGGACUGCCUGUAUUGUUGGGCAGAGUGAUUGGGGUUUCUGUACAAUCUCCCGUGACCAAUGAGCGGGGUGCUGUCAGGGGUAACCACAUCUGUCAACCGUUCUUGGCCAAUAAAGAGCGGAGCGAGGCGGACCACAGGUGCGCGCCUCUGCGUCCCCUUGGCACAGCGCCCGGGAGAUGCUGGAGAGAGACGCCUAGCUGCCCCGUGGCGCAAAAGAGUUACUGUCAAAGGCAGCCUCCUUUUAACUCCAGCUAUCACUCUGGCUCCGAUAGUUAUGGCGACCGCAACGUCCAACCACUACAGCGUCCUCAGUACCCCCAGCAGCGCGCCGCCGCCGCACUCGGAGUCCGGGAGCAUGCAGCAGGCGGCAGCGUACAGGGACGCGCACACCCUGCUCCAGAACGACUAUAGCACGUUACCGGGCGCUGGGCAUCCGCUCAGCCACGCGCACCAGUGGAUAACGGCGCUGUCUCACGGUGACAGCGGGGCACCCUGGCCGUCUAGUCCCCUCGGAGAACAGGACGUGAAACCCGUAUUGCAUGACAGUGACCGAGAGGAGCUGCAGAACUCCAGCAGUCUGCAGCAGCAGCAGCAGCAGCAACAGCAGCAACAGCGACACCCUCACCUAGCGCACCAGCAGGCGCAUCACGACGCCAGAGCAUGGCGAACCAGCACAGCCACAACGCACAUCUCCGGUAUGGCGACAUCUGAGGGCCAGAGCCUGGUGUACUCUCAGUCCGGCUUCGGUCUGAUGCCGGGGGGAGAGCAAGGGGGGAUGCACCACCACCCUCUGCGCGAAGACGACCACCACAGCCACAGUCCGCACCUCAGUGAACACGGAGGCGGCCCCGGGGCCCACCAGCAGUCUCUCACACACCAUCACCAGCACGGGGGCCAUCAGGAUCAGUCUGACGAGGACACGCCGACCUCUGACGAGUUGGAGCAGUUUGCCAAGCAGUUCAAACAGCGGCGAAUCAAGCUUGGCUUCACCCAGGCGGACGUGGGACUGGCUCUCGGGACACUGUACGGGAACGUUUUUUCUCAGACGACCAUUUGCAGGUUCGAGGCGCUUCAGCUCAGCUUCAAAAACAUGUGCAAACUAAAACCGUUGUUGAACAAGUGGCUGGAGGAGGCGGACUCCACCUCGGGGAGCCCCACCAGCUUGGAUAAAAUCGCGGCACAGGGACGGAAAAGGAAAAAGAGAACCUCCAUUGAGGUGGGCGUCAAAGGGGCUCUGGAGAGCCAUUUUCUCAAAUGUCCAAAACCAGGAGCAGCGGAGAUCAACUCCCUAGCAGACAGCCUGCAGCUGGAGAAGGAGGUGGUGAGGGUUUGGUUUUGUAACCGGCGGCAAAAGGAGAAGAGGAUGACACCCGCUGGGGGACAGAUACCUGGAGGAGAGGACAUGUACGGGGACACCCCUCCUCGCCACGGAGGACAAACUCCCGUGCAGUGACCUCAGUUCUCAAUCCCGAGUAAAAACACGGACCCCUUAAAGGAGGUAUAACGCCUCCUUAUUUCUUUUAUUCUCUGUGCUGGACCGCUCGGAACUGGACCUCAGCCAGUUUAGAUGUUGGACCCACGGACAGACACAGUGGGGACACGCAGUGGCACGCGAGCGCUAAAAAUACUCAUAGCAGAGCCGUAUGGAGAGGUUUCAUGCCGCAGAACUGCCAAACGUAUCGGGGUGGUGUGUGCUAACCAGAAAAAAAAAAAGAAUAAGAAAAAAACAGCGACAUUUUCUUUAUGCCAGACCCAGGCGCCAGUGUGCCAUCAUCAAAUAUGUUAUUUAAAAAAAUAGAAGAAGAAGAGAUGAAAAAAAGGCAGAGUGUGACACGGACGAGACGUGUCCGCGGGGAGAAAAAACAUAAAAACUCGCUUCGGGCAUGAUGAUUUAGUCGCAGUGAGUGUGGGUAAAUAAACGCCAUCUUUCCAUCAUAACAAAAGCAACAGGGGUUCUUCGCGGCUUGUGGCAAGAGAGGGCUGAAAUGGCAGACACCUGCUGUACAAUGUUUAAAAAUUAAAGCCAAUACCAGCCAGAUAAUUUUUUAUUAUUAUUAUUAUUAUUAUUAUUAUUAUUAUUAUUAUUAUUAUUGUAAAAUUGUAGGUAUUCGUCUGAAUUUAUUGUGACGACCUGAACUUAUUCACAAUAAAAAUACAGUAUUGCUUUAAUAUAAUAAAAAUGUGAAAGUAUUUACAUUUUUACAUUCCUAAUUUAGCAGCAAAUAAUAAUAACAAAAUAAAUAAAUAAAUAAUAAUAAUAAUAAUAAUAAUACAAUUGAGACUGAGUAUUGGUGGACUUCAAGGCUUUUCCUUUUGUGCAGACAUGUCUGUGCGCCUGUUUACAGUGUGUUUUUGCUGUUUGUUAUUUCUGUACUUUUCCAAAAUGCUGUGACGAGAAAGACCGAGACUGUCCGGCUGGAACACUCUGAACAAUCCAGCCCAUUUUGCCUUCUUUUCCUGAGAAGAAGAAAAAAACUGAAUAUAUCCUGGUACCAGCUCUGGCCACAGUGGCUAUACUUCUACUACUACUACUGUAUGACUCAUUCAUUCACGGAGAAGGCGAUCUGUGGGAUGUAUCUUCAUUCGUUUUUGUAUUGCUUCGUUCGUUCGUUCGUUCGGUUGUUUGUAUGUUCAGUUUCUUUUCUGUCAGUCUGUGCCAAAGCACAAACACAGACACGUGUUCUUGUGCCACUGAAAUCCUGUGAUUGAUAACCUGAUCUGAUAGUAGGAGUGUAUGUGGGAGGAAAAAACCACUAAAAGGUUCUUUUACCAAAUUAUGAAGAAUAAAUAUACAUAUAUAUAUAUAACAGAAAAAAAGAAAGAAAGAAAGAAAGAAAGCGGAAACUCAAAUAAAGCUGAGGAAUACUGAUGACUGGAGAGGAACAUUUUUAAUAGACCAAAGCUUGUUAAUGUGAGACAGUGUACAAAAAAACUAACAAACCUGAAUGUAUAAGUCUUACCUAACAACAUCAAAGUAGGUCUAUAACCUCCCUUUUCAUCGCCAAUCAUAAAAAAAUAACCAUAGCAAUAUUUUUAUGUAACAUUUUGCAAUACGCACAUGGCAAUUUUUUAUUUAUGGGUAGGUAUUACAUAACAAUUCUCCCUCGAUUAAAAUAAGGCCCCAUAUUUGUGAAAUUUUUUAAAAAAAAAUACUGUAAUCACACCCUGUUUAAUCUUCAGCUGAAUUUGAGUUUCUGAUGUGUGGAGGGGAAAAAAGAGGCAAACCAAAACAAAAUAGCAGUGACCUGAAAUCUGUGAUCAAACGAAGAGGAAAAAGAAAUCAACGAUUGCACAAUUUCUAAAUGCUUUUUGUCAUUAAAGCGUAUUUGUUUUCUAAAA